AUGGAAAAAGAGUCCAAGGGAACACAAGUGGAUGACGAGUUUAAUCUGGAGGAGUGGUUGGCAGAAUUUCGGCAGCAUUUAGAACUACGGGAUUUGACGCAAAAAGAAGCAUGGGCUUCGACAAUUGAGCAGCAACAAGCUGUGGUAUUGGAGAAUCUUCGGUUUCAUGAGUUGCUGGCGGAGUACCGUUUAUCGGACCGUCCUCGUCCUCGGAAGUUCCAGAGCUGGACGCGUAUCGUGGACGGGGGUUCAGAAGAACCAGUGAGUAAUGCAGGUGGGGCUCCGGUAGGUGGGGCGAUUCCUCGAAUUCUGUCUACGAUGACUUUGGCGGGGGUGUCCUGCGACGGGGCGACGUUCGACGGGUCACCAAACGACUCGGUGUUUGACCCCCCGUUGGACGGCGGUGGUGGAUUGACGUUAAGGAGGGAGGAGGGCAGAGAUGAUGAGGGCGCUCUGCCGGUGACAAGGGAGGCGUACCGGUUACAAUUACCGAGUUACAAAAAAAAGCGGUCGCUGUACAAAUCUUCUUCUUCCUCGUCUCCUUCCUCAACUAAGUGGUGCAUCGCGCCUUGCUGGACCUACGAUGACCAUUUACUAGUAGCGCGGACGGGCGAAGCGUUAUUGUACAAAGUAUCUUUCUCUUUCGGGUACGGAGAGGACUUCGCACACGUGUGCGAACUUAUCACGACAAAGUACCCAUUUAAUUAUGGUAUUUACGUUUGCAAGCAAGACAUGCGCGCCGUUUGUGGGAUCCGUAAAAAGAAUGGAACAGGAAUCUCCGUCAUCGACCUCGUCGCCGAGUGCGAAAUCUCAUUCUACGGCUCCUACGAGGCCACCGACGCGGACGUCGUUUGCUGCGGGAAAUGUGACCGCGGUUACUUCAGCUUCCACCGGGACUCUACUAUCGCAAUAUGGGACGACAACCGACUUACGGCUUUGGUCCAUAAACAGAUUACGGGCUUCAGGAGCAACCGACAAGUACGCUCAGCCGUGUUCUUGUCUGACGAGCAACUCAUUUUAGUCAUCUACGAGGGCAUUCCCACUUGUGUUGUAGGCUGGAGCUUGCAGGAGAAACGAUGCAGGUAUGCCACCUAUUUCAAACUGCGACACGAAAUUCGGACCGUCAGCGUUGCUAGACGAAUGUCUACGGAACCGCCUGUAACUCUUUGCCUAACCACCUCUCGCGGGAAUCAUGUAGUGCUCAUGCCCGUCCUAGCCUUCCUUAGAAACCUCGACAUCCGGGAUAUGGAGGCUCUCCGUUCAGAUGAGGGCGCCGAAGCUGCUCAGCUUCUCUACAACGUCAACGGCGUGGGCAUUUGCGCUACCGUCAACCAAGAGACCGGAAUAAGCAUCUGGACUCUGGAGGGCGGAGAACUGCUUUCUCGCAUUCAACUGUCCGCUUUACAGCCUGUUGCCGAAACAAACGCCGGGACUGGCCGCCGCCGAAGCCAGUCUCUGCAGUCACUCAUUGGCUCGUCGAUAAAGACCACCGGGGCAUCCAUAAUACCCAUACUCCAAGUCGACCGAAAAAGUCAGCAAGAAACGGCUCGCCGCAAAGCGUCGUCAACGUCCACCGCAGCGGGACAAGAGGCAUUGGAAUCCACUCAAAACGAUCUACAAUGGAUCGAUGUCGACGGGCGCUGGUUUCUCGCUGCGACUUGUGGAUCAGAUAUUGUGAGCAUUCUCGACCCACUUGACGCCUCGCCCCCAAUAAUAUUGUAG